AUGAAGGCGAUAAAUAAUUUGUUGGUAGUAGCGAUUAUAAUAGUCGAGGUUUCAGCAAUGUUUUCGGUGGAGUUAAAUAACUCUUUGGAAUUUGUGGUGGAGUUGAAUAAGCUAUUCAUCGAUUCGGAUAAAAAAAUAGAUUCAGACAACUAUUGUAAAGGUGAAAUGAUGUUUUGUGAUGAUAAAGGCCAGAUUAUUAGUAUAGCAUUAUAUAAUACUAGUCUGUCUGCUUUUCCUGUAGGCAUUGCGCUAAUUAAAGAUACAUUAGAGAGUUUAGUGAUGACAUACGCAGGUCUGAAAGGUGAUAUUCCAAGUGAAAUAUAUGAAUUAACUAAUUUAGAAGAUCUCAAUCUGCAAGGGAACAAUUUUAGUGGUAGUUUAAGUGGUGACAUUAAAAAUCUGACCAAUUUAUAUCGUCUUGACCUAACUGGAUCAAGUUUGUCUGGAUCGAUACCUGAUAGUCUGUAUUCACUUAAUAAAUUGAUUCAUCUGAAGUUAGGAGGUAACAAAUUUAGUGGUAGUUUAAGUGAUAAUAUUAAAAACCUGAAUGAAUUAUGGAGCCUUGACUUAAGUGAUCUAAACCUGUCUGGAUCUAUACCUGAUGGUCUGUACAAAUUGAAUGGAUUGUCAUAUAUGAAUCUACAAAGGAACAAAUUUAGUGGUGGUUUAAGUGAUGACAUUAAGAAUCUGAAGGAUCUAUUGACUCUUAAUUUAGCUAACUCAAAUAUAUCUGGUGAGAUACCUGAUGGUCUGUAUUCAUUGACUAGAUUGAAAUAUUUGGACCUUAUGAACAACAAUAUAAAUGGCAGUUUGUCGUCUAAGAUUGGUAAGCUGACUAAGCUAUCGACUCUAAAUCUGGGUUUUAAUCAAUUGAGUGGCACUAUACCAAAUGAAAUCGGUAAUUUAGUUAAUCUCAGAGUCUUAGAUAUGAGAGAAAAUCAGUUUGAAGGUAACAUUCCUGAUCUGAGUAGACUGAAAAAAUUGAUGAGUAUGAACAUUAGCUCAACAAAACAUAUUCUGAAUGCGAAAUGUGGUAAUGAGAUGUUAUCUCAAUCUACUAAUAAGGAUAAUUGUUUGAUCAGGCCUGUGAGUAAAUUAUGCAAUAAUAUGAUACGUUGUGAAUACAGCGAUAGGCCUAUAUCUAAAUCAUCGGUUGAUUCAAUGUUCUAUACAUAUGGAUUGAGGAUGAUUGUUAUGGUGGUAUUGUGUAUAGGUGGAAUAGAGAUGAUGUCAAAUUAG